AUGGGCGGCACCCGACCCUCCAGCUUUCUCGGAGUCGAUCCUGAAAACAUUAAAACGUUCAAUACUUUUGCUGUCUCGCACCACAGGGACAACCUGAUCGAGAAAGUGGAGGAAACAACGCCGCUGCUGGGUCGACCCGGCCUGAGAAGCCGGUUCAAAUCGAAGGGAACAACAUCCACUGGCGCAGAAGGCGACAACUGGUCACGAUCAGCACCCGGAGGAGGCCCGAGCAAUGAGCCCCAUAAGAGCUACCGCAUCAGCUUUGCCGAGCUGCAGCGGAUGCACCUCCGCAAGCUGCAGUGCAAGCUCGUCAAGCACGUCGUGGACAUGCGGUUCCGAAACAAAGAGCCCGACGACUGGGAGGCGGAUUUGCAAGCAUACACCAAAGCCCUCCAAGACUACGACUACAUGUUCCAGCACAGCCGCCGCCUCCGCGACGACUUCCUCGUCACCGGCGAGCGCUUCAUCGACGACUACGUGCUGCACGCCAUGGUGGACGACGAAGCCAAGCAAGACGAGACCCUGCGCAACGCCAGGCCCAUCCCCGUGCCGGGCCCCUGGGAGAGCCAGAGCAUCCCGAUCGGGGGCACGCGGUCCGAGAACCGCGCCAAGUCGGAGCUCGCCCAGCUGCGCGACCGCGUCGUCAUGGCCCUGCUGGGUGGGGUGUUCCUCGUGGGCCCCAUGUGGCUGAUGAUGCUGCAUCGGACGCUGUAUACGUGUCUGGUGGCGACGACGGUGUGUGUGGUGUUUUUUGGGCUGGUGCUGGCUUACCUGCUGGAGAAGCCGAUGGAAGUCCUCUCCGGGACGGCGGCCUACGCGGCGGUGUUGGUGGUCUUUGUGGGGUUGAACAACGCUGAGGUGAACGAAACGGGCACGGGCGGGUGA